CGCUGAUUAGUUGAAAGCCGACGUACAAAAGAGAACCCGUCGCUGAUUGGCUGACCGUACACUGAGGGAGAUUUAACCAGCAAAAUCAAAACAAACACGUUUAAACAGGCUAAUGUCGAACCUUCAGUCUUCAAAUUGAAAAUGGAUCUCAUAGCAUGGAGGCCAAGGGUCUCUGAUGCAAGUUCUAGUGGAGUUGAGUCAUCUAAUAUUCUGAGCUCGGCAGAAAAUUCUCCAGAUGUGAUUCCUGCAAGCCCUGGGAGUCCAGAUAGCGUUCCUGACACACCAAAGACUACCCGAGGAAUCUUCCAGCAGAGGAGCAGGCAGUACCACUCGUCGCAAAGUUCUCGGGCGUCAUCUUUGAGGUCUGAAAGUGGACCGGUAUCUGUGCCAGACUCAGAUGAGGAUGAGGAUGUCAGCUAUGCCAAGAAUGGAGCCAAUGUUAUCAAUGAGUCAGAUGAUGCAAGUGCAUACAUAUCUGAUGAUUCAGCUGUUGGUGAUUCACACUUCCAUGAGUUUGUUGUCAAGUCAGAUAAUGCCAAAGUUGUGCAGGAUACUCCCAAAGUGGAAACCUCAAGGACACAUAAGAUGGGGAUGGGAUCCAUCCCUUCCACAGACACUCCAUCCCUUCCCUCAUGUGGUGGUAUCAGUUCCAAGAUAGAAGGUGGAAUGAUGUCUAGUACUCCAACUCUUGACCCUACAACACCGCUAAACACAUGGAGGAAAUCUGCUGCUGUCGUAAUCUCUGACGAUGAAGAAGGAGAAAGCCCCAUCCCACAACCAUAUCAGAGAAAAAAUAAAGCUGUUGUGGAAUCAGACUCGGACUCGGAAUCUGAUGUGAGUCAUUUAAAGUACAGGCAGGAAAGAAAAUGGAAAACUAAAGAGAAUGAGAGCAGGUCAAGUCCUAAGGGAACUGCCAGAUAUAAGAGUUGCUCUGAUGUUCAAGAUGGCAAGGGGAUGCAUCCAGGUAAUAGACAUGUUGUUGAUUUGGUCAGUGAUGCAGACAGUCCAGUUCCUCAAUUUAUUAGAAGGAAGAAGUCAACUGUUAUUGAUAGCGACAGCCAAGAAGAGUCUUCAUUAAAGAAUAUCUCAGAACAGGAACCCAGUGGAAUUUUGGAGGACACUAAUGAUUCCAUUGUAUCUCCAUCAUCUCCAGAAAAUGAAAAAUCCUUAACCCCCCAGCAAAAGUAUGGGCACCGUUUCAAAAUUAAAAAGAAAACGCCACAGAAACAUGAAUCAUCUGCAUCUAUUAGUCGGACAAACUUUGAAGACUCUGUAACUUCAGUUAACAAGUCAGUCAGUAUUUUGGAGGUGUCAAAUGCAUCUGCCGGCAAUACAAGUGGCAGGAGCCUUACCUCAGGCAUGUCCGUGUCGGAUAUGGAUGCAGAUGAAAUCCAGAGAAAGCUGAAACAAAUGAAGUUGGUGAUGCGGACAGGAAAUAUGGCAGCUCUUCCGGACAAGGGUGAAAAAAUAAAGGCCAAGAUUCGUUCUUUGGAAGAUGCCUUGGCAAAUCUGAGUGUUGACAGCAUCCAGGAUGUAUCAAGCCAUAAGGAAAGCCCCAACAACUCUCAAAAUAUAUCUGCAGCAUCAAGUAGCGGUGAAAGUUCUGUACAUGAUGUGUCUAACUCCUCUUCAUCAUCAGUGAAGAGUGUUUCAGAGCCAAGCUUGAGUGAACUGGAGAGGAAACUGAGACAGAAAAGGAUGGAGUACGAUGAUGCUAGAAGGAUGUCCAAGCCUGACAAAGAGCAAAAAUUACGAAAACAAAUUGCACAAUUGGAAGAGGAUAUUGCUCGCAAGAAAGGCAUAGAUGUGCACAGGUUUGACUACCAGAGCUCCCAGCAGCGCAAGACUGUAGACCCUGUAGGAAGCAGCCAGACAGAAAGUAAAUUAGAAGCUACAAAGAAAAGGUUGAAUGAAAUUAAGAUGAUCUAUCGGGCUGCUAAUCCAAGAGCUCUACCAGAUGGGGGAUUGAAACUCCGUCAGCGAAUUACGGAACUUGAGAAGGAAGUGAUGAUGAUGGAACUGAAAGCUAACAUUAAUACAGAAACAGAAGUCAAGGUUAUAAAGGUCAAAGCACCAGAGCCACAGUACCGUCAGACGAAGCUGCUUGAGUACUCUAACUUGCCACCACCUAUCAAGAAAGCAGACCCACAGCAGUUACUUCCUCAGCAUGUGCUUGAUGCUCUCUAUAGUGCAGACAAAGAUUACAAUGCCAGGAAUUAUGGUGGGAAGAUCUCCUCAGCCCGUGAGCGUGAGAUGGUGCGGCUCACAAGUGAUGCAAUUGAAGAUCUCCACAAGGCCAUGAAAUCUGCCCCUGAUGUAGAUACUGUUGAGGAAGAACAACCACGUAGCCUUAAAGCUACGUUAAUGCCCCAUCAGCUCCGUGCCCUUGCUUGGCUGCUCUGGAGGGAGAGGCAGCUCCCACCUGGUGGUAUCCUUGCUGAUGACAUGGGUCUGGGUAAAACCCUGACAAUGAUCUCGCUUGUGCUCCGCCACCGAGAAUUGAUUAGGGAAGGGGUGAUUGCUGAAGACUUCUCAUCUCUCCAAGAGUCUGAUCAUGAAGGUGGUGAAAGCCAAGAGGAGGAGGGAUGGAUAAGGAAAGGAAAGGCAAAACAGACUUCCCUUGUUCCUUCUCAUGGAACAUUGGUGGUAUGUCCUGCAUCCUUACUUGGCCAAUGGAAAGGGGAAACACAGAAGCAUGUGGCCAAGGGCAAAGUGAAGUGCCUUGUUUAUCAUGGCACCAGUAGAGAUUUAGACAUUCAUGCCUUGGCACACUAUGACAUUGUAGUUACAACAUACCAACUGGUUAUGAAAGAAGCUUUUCCAGGUGGAAAAGAAAAAAUUGAUAAGAGCAACAAAGAUGAUGUGCCAAAGAUAAAGGCUAAAGAUCAGGGCCGUCUCUUUAGGAUUGGCUGGUCUCGGAUUAUCCUUGAUGAAGGGCAUCAAAUCCGAAAUCACAAGAGUCAAACGGCUAAAGCUGUCUGCUUGCUCCGUGGAGGCAGACGAUGGGUACUUACAGGAACCCCUGUGCAAAAUAAGGAGAUGGAUCUGUAUUCCCUCUUGCGGUUCCUGAGAGUUUCUCCCUUUGAUGAUUAUACAUGUUGGAAGCUACAGGUAUCAAACAACAGUGCUCAGGGAAUGCGUCGAUUAGGCCUUCUAACCAAGGUCAUCAUGCUAAGGAGAACAAAGGAUCAGGUUGACCAGAAUACUGGCAAAAAAUUGGUGGAGUUGCCAGAAAAGAAAAUUGUACAACAUGCACUGUCUCUUUCCCAACGUGAGCGGGAGGUCUAUGACAGGGUUUUCACUUUCUCAAGGUCUGCAUUGGUCCAGUACAUGAAGAGUAAUGAAGAAAGAGAGCAAGAAAAAAUGGAAAAAUGGGGUGGAAACAGACCAGCAGUUGUUGCACCAAAGAAAGAUGGUAAGAUCAAUGUUUUUGUUGUAAAAGAUAAAAAGGGCAUUUUGGAAUAUGCAAAUUUGUCUCUCCAUGUGUAAUUUGUAAAGAUUAUG